UAUUCCCUACUGAGGUCAGAAUGUGACCUGCACCACUUCUGUGGCAGAGCCUCGUUUCCGCGGUUGUCGUGGUCGCGCCGAUCGCUCUCAGUCUCUGCCACCAGCUGGGACCGGGGUCGGCGGGGAUCGGGUCUUUGGCUGCAGCGGUGGCCGGCGCGUCUGGCCAUCUAGAUCCCGGGUCCGCAGUUGGCCUGCUUCAUUUGUCCUCCCACUGUCUGCGUGGCUGAUUCGUGGGCGACGGGACGUUCGCAGGUGUCCGGCUGACCCGCCGGGGACCGGAGUCGACACCCGGGCGCUCCCCCGGAGCCCCAGCCCAGCCUGUCCGUUUCCUACGGUGAGACGGGGCCUCGCCAAACUGCAAGUCUGGCCUUGAACUUGGCGAUCCUCCUGCCUCAGCCUCUGUCGCGGGGAUGACAGACUCAUCUUUCAAGAGGACUUGAGACUAAUUGCAAAUAAUUAAGAAAAGAUGCCUUCUGCAUCCUGUGAUACCCUGCUGGAUGACAUAGAAGACAUUGUGUCCCAGGAAGAUUCAAAGCCACAAGACAGACAUUCUUCAAGAAGGCAGGUUGUUCCGAAAGUGCGAAGGCGCAAUACCCAGAUGUUCUCGGAAGAGAACGGCCCGCCAAGUGACAGCACUAUUCCAGGCAUACAGAAAAUUUGGAUACGAACAUGGGGUUGCUCACAUAAUAAUUCAGAUGGAGAAUAUAUGGCUGGACAGCUAGCUGCUUAUGGCUAUAAAAUUACAGAAAACGCAUCAGAUGCAGAUCUGUGGCUCCUGAACAGUUGCACUGUGAAGAACCCAGCUGAAGACCACUUUAGAAACUCCAUUAAAAAAGCUCAAGAGGAGAACAAGAAAGUCGUGCUUGCCGGGUGUGUGCCCCAGGCGCAGCCUCGCCAGGACUACCUCAAGGGACUGAGCAUCAUCGGGGUUCAACAGAUAGAUCGCGUGGUGGAAGUUGUGGAGGAAACAAUUAAAGGCCACUCUGUGCGACUUCUGGGCCAGAAGAAGGAUAAUGGAAAGCGGCUGGGGGGAGCUCGGUUGGAUUUGCCCAAGAUCAGGAAGAAUCCACUAAUAGAAAUAAUUUCCAUCAAUACCGGGUGUCUCAAUGCAUGUACCUACUGCAAAACUAAACACGCCAGAGGAAAUUUGGCCAGUUAUCCCAUUGAUGAACUAGUAGAUAGAGCCAAACAGUCUUUUCAAGAGGGUGUCUGUGAGAUCUGGUUGACCAGUGAAGACACGGGGGCCUACGGCAGGGAUAUCGGCACCGACCUCCCCUCGCUCCUGUGGCGCCUGGUUGAAGUCAUUCCCGAGGGAGCGAUGCUGAGGCUCGGCAUGACGAACCCCCCCUAUAUCCUAGAGCAUCUGGAG